AUGCAGGCCCUCCAGCUCGAUCGCAUCGUGAUCCCGACGGACACGACCCCCAAGCAGAACAGCAGCAGCAGCAACGGCAGCAGGGCCUUCCAGUGCCCCGACGUCCGCUGCGGACGCCGCUUCAACCGCAAGUACACGCUCACGGAGCACAUGAAGACCCACACGGGCGAGCGUCCGCACGUGUGCCGCGCGCGGGGCUGCGGCAAGCGCUUCAGCACGUCGGGCAACCUCUCGCGCCACAUGCGCCUCCACGGCGCCAUCGAGCCCGUGCACUGCCCCGUGAGUGGCUGCACGUGCAAGUUCAUGAGCGACAUCAAGCUGGCCAAGCACAUGCGCUCGCACUACGUGCCCCGGACACACACGUGCCGCGUGCCUGAGUGCGGCAAGUCGUUCAGCACCACGGGCAACCUGAACCGCCACCUCAAGAACCAGCACUCGGAGCAGGAGCGCAAGAAGUACAAGGCGCCCGCCCCAGCAUCGCCCACGCUGAGCUCCAUGUGCAGCACCCCCACCGGCCAGAAGUGCUCGACCCCCUCGCGCGAGAGCCCCACGGGCAUCGACCAGGAGUGGAGCAACAACGCCUGGGACCUCGCCUCCGACGAGAGCGACGUCGAGCUGCCGGAGCCCUUCGAGACCGCGUGCACCAUGCCGUGGACGCCCGAGAUGCUCGACAUCCUGUCGCGAAUGCUCCUCGACUAA